AUGAGUGAACCACUCAAACACGACCACUAUGUCGGCGAGGCCAGGCGUGACGUCCCCCGAGACGAUGCCUCAGGCGAGGUGGGAGUGGUGAAGAACCAGGAGACAUAUGCCUACUCUGAAUCACGGAAGAUUGGCGUCACGGGUGCCGUUUUCUUGAUCCUCAACAAGAUGAUCGGCACGGGUAUCUUCUCAACCCCGUCUGGAAUUUUCCAAUCGACCGGUUCCGUUGGCGUGAGCCUGAUGCUCUGGGUCAUCGGUGGCAUCCUCACCUUCUGUGGUCUAUCCGUCUUCCUCGAGUUCGGCCUUGCAAUCCCCCGGUCCGGCGGUGAGAAGAAUUACCUCGAACGCGCAUACAAGCACCCCAAGUACCUUGCGACCUGCGUUCUAGCGUCGCAGAUGAUUCUGCUCGGUUUCUCGUCCGGAAACUCGCUCGCUUUCGGCCGAUACGUCCUCUUCGCGUCGGGUUCCACUGCCCCCGACGGAUGGGCGGCUCGCGGCAUCGGUAUUGCUGGCGCCACCUUCGCCGUCGGCAUCCAUGCCGUCACUCCCAAGUGGGGUGUACGUCUGUUUAACGUGCUGGGCGUGUUCAAGGUUGGCGUUCUUUUGUUCAUCGUCUUCUCCGGCUUUGCUGCACUUGCCGGUCGUCGCCGCGUGCCUGAUCCACACAACUUUGACAAUGCUUUCCGCAUCGAAGAGGGAGAAGGAUAUGGCAAUGGUGGCGUUUACGGCUAUGCGACUGCCUUGCUUCGUAUCAUCUACAGUUACAAGGGCUGGGAGAACGCCAACUACGUCGUCGGCGAACUCAAGAAUCCGCGCAAGACCCUGGCAAUUGCUGCUCCCAUCGCCAUUGGUGGUGUCACCGUCCUCUACGUCCUUGCCAACGUUGCAUACUUCGCUGCCAUUCCCAAGACCGAGCUCGCCACCUCUGAGGUUAUUGUCGCUGGUGUAUUCUUCCGCAAUGUCUUUGGUAACAGCGCUGGAGCUCGUGCUCUGCCUGCGUUCGUGGCCAUCAGCAACUUGGGAAAUGUGCUUGCCGUCAGCUUCGCCCACGCCCGUCUCAACCAGGAGUUGGCCAAGGAGGGCCUACUGCCCUUUAGUCGGUUCUGGGCCUCUAACAAGCCUUUCAAUGCCCCUGCUGCCGCGCUGUUCCUACACUGGAUCGUUACUGUGAUCGUUCUCGUUGCUCCUCCUGCAGGACCAGCCUACAACUUCAUAACUGACCUCUACACAUAUCCUGGAGCUUGGAUCAAUGCCUUCGUCGGAAUUGGUCUUCUCUACCUUCAAUGGAACAAAAAGGAGAAUUGGUCAUCACCGUGGCACACCUACUUCCCGAUCACCGUCCUUUACAUCUUGGCCAAUGUGUUCCUCUGCCUCGUGCCCUUCAUCCCCCCCACUGGUUCCUGGACUGCCGAGGGUUACCCGUACUACAUCUUCCCCAUCGUCGGCGUCGGUGUGUUGCUCCUUGGUGCCGCCUACUGGGUGUGCUGGACCAAGAUCUGGCCGUCAUUUGGAGGUUACAAGAUUGUGGCCGAGCGUAUCUAUGACGACGAGGGCAAUGAAGUCAUCCGCUAUCGCAAGGUCAGCACCAAAGGUCACUCUGGGCCGAUUGACUAG